UUCCAACUUAAUUUUUUUAAUACCUCGAAAAUGGAUCCAAAAAAUCAAGUAAUGAGAUUCUUUUUCAAGAUUCCUAGUUUACCUCUAGCUUAUACGAGUAUGGUGGUGUACUUGUUGUUUUCGAUUUAUUUGACUGUUCGUGUUUACCGUACUAAGAGUGCUAGAUUUCUAUACAUUCUGGGCUUCACAGCAUUGAUGGAAGCAAUCGGUUAUGCCGUACGAAUUGCUUGUGCCGAUUUUACCGACUUCAAAAGAUUCAUCACCAGUACAUUAUUCUUGCUUUUAGCACCAAAUGCUCUGGCUUUAGUAAAUUAUAAAGCUGUGGGCGAAAUCAUUCGAUUAUCCAACGUGAAGUCAGAGAAAUUCUACCUCAGACCCAAAUUCGUUACAUGGUUCUUCUUUGCUAGUGACAUAUUUGUCUUUUUGAUGCAAGGUGCUGGAAGUGGUAUGCAAUCUGAUUAUAAGAACCUCAAGAAGGGCCAAGCCAUCACUCUCAUUGGUCUUGCACUUCAACUGGUUUUCCUCGCUUGUUUCGCUGCCAUUACUAUCUAUGUUCAAAACAGUCCUAAAUACAACUAUUACGUCGCAGGUUGCGAGAACCCGAAGAAGAAGCUUGUUUUCUCUCUUUAUGUUACUAUCAGUCUAAUUUAUGUCCGUUCCAUUUAUCGUGUGGUUGAAUAUGCAUAUGGUUAUACCGGUCCCGUUGUUAGAGCAGAGUGGGCACUAUAUGUAUUCGAUACCCUUGCUAUUGCCGUUUGCUUUCUUCUAUACUGUAUCUUUUUUAUUGGUAACUAUCUUCCCAAGCAUGACGCUGACCCAACUCAAAUUUACGAUUCCGAAUCAAGCUUGAGUGUGAAUCAAACUGAAAAGAGUCGUCAAGAAAUUCAGUUAGAUCAAGCUUAAAAUCAACCUCACUAAACCUUAUUAACAUUGUAUUAUAUAUUAUUUACCCUUACUCCACUAAUAAACUUCUGUAUCGUAUUAUCGAA